UUUCACCGCACGGCAAUGUGCAUUCAGAGAGCCUUUCGGCGGGUUCCGGCCUCCGGUAAGCCCCUUCGAUCAUUCACAAAUGUUAAACAACAAGCUACGGAACCUUAUCAUCAUUUCGUUGAUCGCCUCAAAGAGGCUGUUCAACGCCAAAUUGACAAUCCGGACGCUCAGGUGGAACUCCUUUUACGCUUAGCAUAUGAGCAGUCCAAUGCUGAUUGUCGGAAAAUUCUCCAAACUAUCAUUCACCGCCCUAAUUACACACUCGCUGAUAUGUUGCAGGCAUGUGCCGAAGUAGGCACUCAGACCCACGCUAUGGCACUGUUGGCGGGAGCAAUCCGUCAAGCGCCGGCCGGACCCGGCCAGGCGAGUCGUGCCGGCGGAUUUGGUUCUACUCGCGUUAAUCUGGAGCAAGGUCCCCUUUUUCAUCCACAGAUUGCUGCGGUCUUACAACACAUUCGAACCCACAAGCCGACCCUUUUUAUCUAGAGCCCAGCGCCAUUAUCGACAGACCGAGCCCCUUCCAGCGCCGAAGGUGAUAUAUCGCAAGCUGCCAGGACCAGAGUGGAGCCUGCCCGUGCCGCUCAUUACCUGGGGCCGGGGCUACGCAGCGGUGUCAACUGAAACCGGCCCUGUGUGGGUUCCCGCUCGCUUUGUGAAGCCGUGGAAAGAUGGCCUGGCAUCAGGGGCUAAAGAAUCCCAUUCCGGAUUUCAGUCUGACCCUGACGGAUAGGGUGGACAAGAUCGACAAGGCCCGAAAGCGUGGCACACCCAACGCUGCCAUAACUUGGGGACAGGUCAAAGCUUUAUCGCGGCAGGCUGAACGUGUAUUAGAACAAACUAAGGCGGAUAAGACUACAGAAAAUUAUUUUCUUGCGCUAGUAGCCAGCUUAAAUGCUAAUUCUCUUUGUUGGAUUAUGUACAUUUGUGUGACCGUUCUGUGUUUGCCGCAAGGUGUUGCAACCCCUCUCCCUUCCACCAAUGUGUGGGAGACAUUUAUUCACACUUUAAAUCAGACAUCCUUUUGUCUCUCCCAGCAAGUUACGGUGGGAGACAUUUUAGGUACCUAUCUGAUUCCUGUAUGCCAUAAUCCUAAUGAUGUUGAAAAUGCUACUUGGUUUUAUUCCAAUCUGGAGCCCAAUUCCACCAUUCAUGGUUUGGGCUAUGCUGGCUAUCAUAAUUGGGGACCUCAAACACCUCGCAGACCAAGGAAUGCGCUCGCCCUUCGCACCCCCUAUGCUGCCACACAUAACAUAACCUGUGCCCGCAUGACCAAUUGUACUAUGAGUAAUUGUAAGCAGUUUCCUGCUCCAGCCUUGAAUUGUUCUGCUGUGACAAAUAUCUCUUAUAUAUACAAGCAUGUACAGCUGCCAAAUGGGUGGUUUUGGACAUGCUCAGGAUAUACUUUCAAUUAUAUGCCCGCCAAUCUUAGUGAUGGCACUUGUUGUUGCCUAAGCCGAUUUGCGCUUAUAUUACCAACCAAAAGGCAGCUGUUAAAUAUUUCGCGAGUUAGUCGCAGCCUUCCUUUGGAUGCUUCCUGUGAUAGCCAUGUACAUUUACUUUCAAAAACCGAGACUGUCGCUUUGGCUGUUUCUCUUGUCGGGGUCCCCAGGUUGGCCUCGGGAAACAGUAUGCGAAUUAAUGGUUUGGCUUGCGCGGCCACUAAGGCUUUGAAUGCGACAUCUACCGCUAUAGCCCUCCUUAAUGAUGAGCAGGAAGACAUCUGC